AUCCGGAAACAAAUUCUUCCGGCGUACCCCGCGGAUCGGUUCGAGGGUGUCACCGCGCCACUCUCGUGUCGAUCCCGCGAUGGGUUUGUUGACGCUGGCCGUGAGGAAAUGCAACGGCAAGGCGAUCCUCCGUGAAGCCUGCGCCACCUGCUGCUGCUCUUCAUCUUCGUGUGGUGUCCGUGGCAAGGAACCGUCGACGCCUGAGUCGACAACGACGCCUGGUAAGAACAGGAGGGGGAUAAGGAAGAGGUUCUGGAGGAAGAAUAAGAAGAAGGCCGGCAGCAGGAAGGACUACGGCCCCUUCUGUGCCUGCGUCAGCCUCAGCGAGCUCGCAAGGCGCGGCGAGAGUGAGGCCAUCGCGGACCUAGUGAACAACAUCUCGUUAAAGUCAGAUGUUACCAGCCACGUGUAUGCGGCCGAGGAGAUUCUACGGAUCACCAACCAAAACAUUCCCAGCAGGGUGCUCACUUUCAGAGAGUUGUCCAACGCAACCGACAUGUUCAGCUGCAACAACCUGCUCGGUGAAGGCGGUUUUGGAAGGGUGUACAAGGGGCACCUCAAAGAUACCAACGAAGUUAUCGCCGUGAAGCAGUUGGACAAGGAGGGAUUCCAAGGGAACCGCGAGUUUCUCGUGGAGGUGCUGAUGCUUAGCCUCGUACGUAACCCCAACCUUGUCAAGUUGAUCGGGUACAGCACGGACCUCGACCAAAGGAUUCUCGUCUACGAGUACAUGCAAAAUGGCUCACUGGAGGAUCAUCUCCUAGAUCUCCCCCCAAAUGCCGUGGGACUCCCAUGGCAAACAAGGAUGAAGAUCGUGGUCGGUGCGGCCAAGGGCAUCGAGUACCUGCACGAGGUGGCUAACCCGCCGGUGAUCUACCGAGAUCUCAAGGCGUCCAACAUCCUCCUGGACCAAGACUUCAACCCCAAGCUCUCCGAUUUCGGGCUCGCCAAGCUCGGUCCCGUCGGUGACAACAGCCACGUCAGCACGAGGGUCAUGGGCACCUACGGCUACUGCGCCCCCGAGUACGCCAUGACCGGCAAGCUCACCAAGAUGUCCGACAUAUAUAGCUUCGGCGUCGUGCUGUUGGAGCUCAUCACCGGGAGGCGAGCGAUCGAUACCAGCAAGCCGACGGAGGAGCAAAUUCUUGUCCACUGGGCGGCACCUCUCAUCAAAGAUAGGCAAAGGUUCGUGAGGUUGGCCGAUCCAUUGCUAGAGAAGAAGUACCCGGUGAAGGGGUUGUAUCAAGCACUCGCGAUCGCCUCCAUGUGCAUACAGGAGGAAGCGAGCAGCAGACCCAAAAUCGGUGACGUCGUAGCCGCGCUUACCUUCCUGGCCGAACAGAAAUAUUGUCCUCCACAAGAAAGGCAAGCUGGUAAGAGAGCUAGCGAAGAUCCUAAAUCGCAGGCGAAGAGCAGAGAACGAGAUUGCAGCAAUCCUCCCAAAACAGACAUGGUUUCUGAGAUAAAGGCUGAUGAUGAAACGAUUCAUAGAUGACCAUAUGAUAGGAGAAUAAUGGCAAAGGGAGGAGAUGCAGCAGAACCAUAUAUAUAUAUAUAUCUGCUCUCUUGAAUUUCUUGUGUAAUGUACACCACAUAGGCAGGAUGUAACAACAUGUCGUCUUGACUCAUACUGAUUUGUUAGUCAAGACCUAAAUCUUCAACACCAAAAACCAAAACUUGUGCGGUCUAUUCCAAUGUUUGGUUUUUGAAAACAUUGUAUUCGUUA